GAGAAAGAGAGCGAGAAAAAGAGCGAGAGAGGAUUCUUCGAUUAAAAGAAUAUUCAUUCGAUGUGAUAAAAUAAAAAAAAAAGAAAGAGAGAAGAAGAUCGUGAUAUAUAUAAGAAGGUGGGAAAGAAAAAAGGGAGUUUAUAGAUCGUAAGUAGAUCUUGAUUAUUCGAAUGAAUUUAAGGUGAUAAUAAAAGGUAUAAAUGAAUAUAUAGUGCCAACGGUUGAGAAAGUGAAAGAGAAAGUAGAAGAUCUGGAAUAUAAAAAGAAAAUUUCUUAUUAAAUUGGAAAGAUAAAGAAGAUAGUGUAUAUUGAAGAAGGAAAGAAAAAAGAUAUAUAUAUACAUAUAUAUAUAUAUAUAUAGAGUGUGUGUGAGAAAGAGAGAGGGAGACAGAGACAGAGAGAAAGAGAAAGAGAAAGAGAGAGAGAGAGAAGCAAAAGUGCGCGGGAAAAGUUGCAAGCUGCCAUUUUGGUUGUAGUCAAAGAGUAAGUCGUAUAUACCGAAAUCGUGGAUCAAAUAAGAAAAAAUCAUUCGGAUAAGGUGAGUCCUCGGGCUCAUAAUCGAGGAUCUCAUAAACAUCGACGAAUAAUUUCGUCAUCGUCAUCGUCGUCGUCGUCAUCUUCGUCGUCGUCAUCAUCGUCAUUGUCAUCGUCUUCAUCUUCGUCACCGCUGAGAUCGUCGUCAACAUCAGCGUCUAUCUCACUCUCGUCGUUUCAUCGACGACGAGAGCUCGCGCUCGGACAAGUGAAAAUAAAAGAAGGGGACGAGAUGCUGGCUACAUCGAUUUGUCGUGAGGUGCACUUCACUGUGUUACCACAAAGUAAUAAGACGAUGAACGCCGCUGCCGCCGCCGCCGCAGCAGCAGCCGCAGCCUCAUCUCGUGUCUCACGUUGCUUAUUUGGAUCACCGAAUUCACGGGAAACCGCCGAUAUGCUUCAAGAGGCUCUUGAUAACGAAAGAAAGAGUUUCACUAGGCGAUGGGGCGUAGAUCCAUGUUCUGAAAAUAAAGAAAAUGAUUGCCGAUGGAAAUUCCACGAACAAAAUACAAAAAAACGAUCCAGCCCAUAUUCCAAGCAGACCAAUAUUCACGAUUAUUGGCGUGCUCGGAAGGCUGGAGAAAGUGGGAAGAAACCAUUAACAUCAUCGAGCGACAUAACAAAGCCGCAAGGUGUCGAACGAAGUCCACGACGAAGUCCACGAAGCCAUUAAAAUAAAGAAAUAAAAAAAAGAAAGAAAGAAAGAAAAAAAAAAAGAAAAAAAAAAACAAGAAAAAAGAAAAAAAAAAUAAGUAAAUAAAUAAAUAAAUAAAUAAAUAAAUAAAUAAAUAAAUAAUUAAUUCGAAUCGUUAGACGAAUAAUAACUCGACUUGAUAUAAUUUAUCACUAACUACUAAAUAACGUUUCCAAUA